GCCAUACAUCCUGUAUAUAUUCAUUCUCUAUCCUGGGAGGGACCUAGUAAAUCGAAAAACAUUCAGCCAACCAGUUCGUCGCAUCACAACGCCACCAUGUUCUGUCUGAGGAGCUGGAUUCCACUCCUUUUCAUCCCCGCGAACGCCUCGCCGGCUUUCAUCUUCCUGUUCUUCGUCUGCACAUACUUCUUAAACCGGCCCUGCGUAUACUGUUCUAUACUACUGCUCAUCCUCUUUGUAACCUCAUGCUACUGGUCCGAUCGCUGUUUCUUCGAGUUCAGCAGCAACUGGUUCGCCCCACGGAUUACUUCGACUGCUUUCGAGUCUUGGAUCGACUCGCAUUAUCCUGCCAACGCCAGCACGACGACAGCCGCAGCGACCGUUGCCGCCGACCCCGCAACCUUCAACAUUUUUGAUAACUCUACUAUGGAGUCGCUGAACACCACUGCCAGCGCCCUUGCCAGCAUUGCCGCUGAUGGGAUUGCGCGCAAGAGGACCGAAUGGACUGGCCUGGGUAUUGAGUGGCUGAGGAGUCUGCUCGGCAAGAGGGAAUGGAGGAUUGAGUGCAUGGAUCUGAACAUCAGACUCUGAAUACGAUUUGAUAAGUGAUGUGAGCAGCAUAUGACAGGUCACAUUUGAGGCGGGGAAGGCCGCUCAACUGCAUGCAUCGGCGUUUCAUUUUUUGGCAUAGAUUUGAGGCAGGAGCAAUACAUCUACGCCCUGUGUGUGUAUGAGCCAUUGUACGUUCAAUAUUAAUAUAGAAUGAAAAGAUAACACCUUAAUUCUGCA